AGUUUUGUUAUUUUUUUAAUCUGUCUUAAAACUUUAUAGAUGUUAAUAUAAAAAAUGUCAUGUACUCUUCAACACAUCAGUUCUAUACAUGAUGUAAACAGAAUAGUGCGAUUACUUAGAGAUCCUAACGUUGAAGAAGAAGAAUGCAUUGAUAAAGGGUUUCAAAGUGAUUUCAAGUAUGCUGAUCGAUGGGAAGAUGGCUGGGAGAGCUCUAGUGAUGAAGUUGAUUCAAAUGUUUCAAGGCAAAAUAAGAAUUCAAAAUCUUGGCUCCAAGAUAGUUGUGUUUCAAUAUCUCCUUCAGAAGAACUUUUAGUGGUUUCAAAAGAUGAUAAAUGUGUUUUUCUAACAAAAAGAUGGGAAGCAAAGAAUGAUACAAAUUUUUAUGAUUUGUUAUGGAGCGGAAAUCUUUCAACAAAAGAGGAUGAUUCUAUUACAUGUAUUGCUUGUGUUCCUAUGGCAUCACAGCAAAGAUCAUCUGAAGGUAGUCCUGAUUGGACUUGCAUAAUUGCUGGUUUUUCAUCCGGAUAUAUUCGCAUAUAUAUGACAAAUGGUAGUCAACUUUUAUGUCAGUUUCUUCAUGAUGCUCCAGUUGUUUCUAUAAAGUUGAAGACAAAACAGCAUUUUUUACCACAAGGAGCAAAUGAGGUUGAUGAACUGUUGAUCAUGUACGCUCAAGCUAUAGUCACUAUCGAUGGUUUUAGUUUGUAUCAAUCUUUAAGAGCUUGUAGAAACCAAUUAGCAAGAGCAAAAGCAAGCAAGUUUAAUGAAUCAGUUGAUUCUCCACCUCUUGCAUAUCGCAAAUGGCGUGUGGCAGAUGUUAAUAAAAUAACAGAUAUUGCGAAUUGUGGAACUUUUACACCAUGUUUUUUUGAUCGACUUAUGGUAGCUUGUAAUGUUGGUUUCAAUGAAACUAUUCGUGGUUCUGCACCAGCAUUCACUCAUUUUGUUGCAACAGGAGAAAAUAAAUUUCUGAAUGUUUACCAUGUGCUAGAGGGAAGCAGUCCUCCUAUGAUGUCAGAUGUUGCCAUUGCAGUUGCUACUAAGCUUACUUCAGCAGUUCUUUCUCCAUUUACUGCAGCAAAAGGUUGGUGGGGAGCUUCACAAGAAAAAAGUACAAAAGAACCUGCAAAACCAAAAGUAGAGAUUGGUACAAAUCUUUCAAGCAGAUAUUUUUUACAUGAUAAGCGUCGCUGUUCUGAGAACAUUGUGGUGGCACCUAUUGGUAAAUUAGCUGUUGUUAAUGAUGCAUUUAAUAGAAUCUUGCUUUUUGAUACACAUAGUGGAUUGGUAAUUAGAAUGUGGAAAGGUUAUCGUGAUGCUGAGUGUGGCUGGAUAGUUGUUGAAGAGGAACUUGACGAUUCUAAACAAUCUUUAUGCAAAAAAUCUCUUUUUCUUGUUAUUUAUGCUCCAAAACGUGGAAUUUUAGAGAUUUAUUUAACUGAACAUGGAGGAAGAGUUGGUGCUUUUAAUGUUGGGAAAGAUUGCAGACUAAUAUAUAAUGGAUAUAGUUAUCUUGGUCAAACCAACUUUGGUUCAGAUUCUGUCUUGAGUAGUUGUAACAAGACAAAUCAAUGUUUUCUUUUACAAACAGACGGUUUAGUUAAAGCUGUUCAUAUACCAUUUCAUUGUGCAUUAAGUACAGUUCAUAGUAUCCAAGCCAAAGAUAUGCAUUUACUUAAAAGAAUAGCAAACAUAGUUGAAAAAAACUCUCAAAUAGAUAUGAAAGAAACUUGCAAGAAUCUUGUCAAGGUUUUUAAUGAAAUUCAAGUUCCUUCAGCCCAACACAAAGCUGUUAACUGCAUAUUGGCGUCAUCUUUACCUGAGGAUUUUCUCAAAGAGUGCUUGCUAAAGAUUGUAAAUAGUUUAUCUGGUAUACUAAAUGCCAAUGACAUAGAAAAAGACCUUGAGUUUGAAUCCGAACGGCGUAAACUUUUACAGUUUUGCAAUGCACAGCUUCAUUUGAUUGAUACAUAUAUAAUGAUUAAUAAUGUCGAUCUCUCAGUUCAAGAUUUUUCAUCUGAGUUUAAUGCAGAUGAUGGCGAGAGCAAGGAUCUUGAAACUAUUUUACAUUUAACUUCCUCUGAGUGUAAAAAGUUUGUCCAUCUUCUAAAUAGCUAUAAAGAUCUUUGCAUAGAUACAAAAAAAAAUUUAUUUAAUGAAGAGAUUAGUGUUGCUUCAUUUCUAAGUUGCUUUCAUAUUAACAUGAAAGAGUUUUUUUGUAAAGAGAAUCAUACUUCACAAGCUUUGCCCAAUAUUGAUGUAAAAGAUGAUUUAAACAUUAAUUUGACUAUUCAACUUGGUACAUUCUUGUUCAAGAAUGCUAUUGAUGGUUUAUUACCUGUAAGCGAACUGUCAAUGAUUUUUGAAGCUUCGAAGUUACCUCCAAAGCAAAUUCUGACUUUAUUGAUCGACUUCUGUCUGGAAGGAAAUAUUGUGUUACAUCUUUCAACUAUUUAUAUAUUACGUUGCCUUGUAUCGUCUAUAUGCUCUUUGAAAGGUGGUGCUGAAGUUCCAGCAGUAGAACUGUCAGUUGGAAGUAUUUGUCAAUGGUGGCAGUGUAUCAGAGAUAAACUUUCUAAAUCAAUCAUGAUUGGUCACAGUUUAGUUCUUGGUUAUAUUUGUCGUUCAGUUGCAAUUGAACUUAAUCUCUCAGCUCGAAAAAUAAAGAUUACAGAUGAGAGUGAUAUUACAAGCAAUGGAUGGGAGGCUGUAACUAUGGAAAUUGAACACUGGAAUUUGCUUAUAGCUCAAUUAGAAAGUCUUGUGGAGCUUAAUUGCUUUGUUCAUUUGAAUCAUGCAAACAUGAUUUUAUCUAAUAAAGAUAAUUUGUCUUGUAAAGUCGGAAACAAUCAUAAAAGUACAAAAGUUUCAUCAAGAAAUCCAAUAUAUUCUGUUCAAGGCAUUCUUGAUGCAGGUUUUGGUUCUAUUGCUCAAGUAGUAGCUGAUUGCUUGGUUACUCAAGGUGUUCCUGGGCCAUGUCUUGGUAAUACUAACAAUACCAACAAAAAAAUCAAAUCAAAUGAAAUAGAAGAUAUACCUGAAAUAGUUAGAGAAGAAGAUUCUGUUUUACAAAGUUUAGUGGUCUUAAGAGAAACAUUUCCUUACAGUCUUGAGAAAGAUGUGCUCUGGUUGCAUUGUGCAUGGGAGGCUGUAAUGAUUUGGAAAGAAGAUGUUGAGGGGGUUUCAAUGCUUUCUAGUGCACUUGUUCACUUGAAUUGCAUUAAUAAUGCUUGUUUACAAAAAGGGCUGGCUGUAAUGUUAUGGAAAGCUGUGUUUAAAGAAAGUGUUCAGUCAGCACUGGAUCUUGUUGAAAAAGUUGGUAAAGCACCAAAAGAUAGAUUGUGCAAAAAGACAGUUGGACUUGGUUAUAAAUCCUUAAUAAGUUUUUUAAAUGCUGCUAAAAUUCUCCUAGAAAAGUUAAUAGAAAUUGAGGGUUUGGAUGAUACACCGUUACACUUUGAAACAGAGUAUAUAUGGAAAAGAAAUAAGAGUACUCAACGAUCGAUCGUUGAACAAGCUCUUGAUGAACCAUCAUGCAAUCCUGUUAUGCUAGAACAUUUGUGGUGUGUUGUUACUGUGCUCUAUUUAACUAUGCAAGGAUGUCUGCGAGGUGUGAAACCUCGGUCUUUGUUUGAUACUAAGGGUAAACAUGCUAUGACACAGCAUCUUCAUGCUACACCUGUCCUUUCCACACACUUUGAUGAUAAAAUUGUUGCAGCUCGUCAACAGUUUUGUCUGAAUUAUGUGACAUCUGCAAUAAAAAAUCAUUUGGAUUCGACAUUCGAGGAUGAUGCUUUAAAAAAUAAUAAUUCUGAUUUACUGUGGAAUAUAGAUAUUGUCUUGCAGCUUGGAAAAAAAUUUCAAGUCAAAGAGGAUGAUUUACGUUGUCAUAUUGCAUGUGAUUUAUAUGCCUCUGGAUUUGAUAACGAUGCAAAGGAGAUGGUUCUAUAUAUACAAGAUAUGGAUAUGUUUUCUGCAAAGGUUAUGGAUGUAAUUGGUCUGCGAUUGGCAAGAUGUCUGUUACAAGAUGACGUUAGCAAAAAUAUUGACAUUUACAGCAGGUUACCUACAACAAUAUACUCAUGGCUGCAAUCUAUUGUUAUAUCGGAUAAAUCAACAUUUCGCGCUAGUCAAUCUUCACUAUUAAGUACAUAUGAAAUUCUUCAAUUUCUUCAUUCGAAUGCAACGUCUAGAAAUUCCAAACACUCGAAGCUGAUCAAUGACCUUAUUGAAUGCUUACAGUGUUUAGUUUAGUUUGAAAUUCAACUAAUAUUCUAGAAUAGAUUUUUACAUAAUAUUUUAUAUUUAAUUGUAACCAAUAUUUUUAAAGUAUAAUAUUUAUACAUAAAACAUAAAAAUGUACCUAAAA